UAAAACUUGAUUUCGGCGCGUUUGUCGCUAACAUUUUGCUCCCAAAGACCUCGAGACCUACAAAAAAUACACAGACAGUGCGAGUGACUCCAAGAUGUUCGCAAAAGCGUUUCGUGUGAAGUCGAACACAGUGAUAAAAGGAUCCGACAGACGAAAGCUGAAAGCAGACAUCUCUGCGGCUUUCCCGUGUCUUUCUCCGGAAGAGCUCUCUGAACUGGUGCCGAAUAAAGAGGACCUGAACGUGGUGAAGAUUUACGCACAUAAAGGAGAUGCUGUCACAUUAUACGUGCUCAACAAAAACCCCAUGUUCUUUCAGGUAGAGAAACAGCUAUAUCCAACAGUGUAUACGCUUUGGCGUUACCCUGACAUGCUACCAGCCUUCACCACGUGGCCUCCAGUCCUGCAGAAACUGGUGGGUGGGGCAGACCUCAUGUUGCCUGGAGUGGUGGUCUCUCCUGGUGGCCUAGCUGACGUUAAACAGGGAGACUUCUGUGCAGUUAAUGUGGUUAACAACAGAGUGCCUGUGGCCGUUGGUACUGCAGCCAUGUCCAGCACUGAGAUGCAGAACUGUGGGAUGAAGGGGAAGGGAGUGAAUGUGUUACACACGUACAUGGACCAGCUGUGGGCAUUUGGAGAUAAAAGCUCUCCACCGGUUAUACCACCUGCAGACUGCCAAGGACAGACAGAGAAAGAGCCAGAGGGGGAAGAAGGCAGUGGAGGAGAGGAGGAUGAAGGGAUGCAAGAAGGGAGAGAGGAGAGUGAAGGAGAGCAUGACUCCGUGGUGGUGGAACCGUCUGAUCUAAACAUGCAGCAGCUCAGCCUAUCAGAACAGGAGAAAGAUGGAGGGGAAGAAGAGGAGGAGCAAGGAAAUGGAGAAAAAGAGGAGGAAGAAAAAGAGGAGGAAGAGGAGGACUCCAGAUCACCCAAAGAGCAGAUGGAUGCCUUGUUGCUCCAGUGUUUCUUACACGCUCUCAAGACCAAAGUAAAGAAGUCAGAGCUCCCCCUGCUGACCAGUACCUUCCUGAGGAAUCACAUGGUCUCCUGCUGUCCACGUGGAAAACAACUGGACAUCAAGAAAUCCAGUUAUAAAAAGCUCUCUAAGUUUCUGCAGGUCAUGCAGAAAGAGCACAGUUUGGUGCAGGUGAAGGAGUUGAGUAAAGGAGUAGAGAGCAUUGUGGAAGUAGACUGGAAAAACCCAGAAUUACGAUCUUUCUCUACGCCCGAGGAUUGUGGGCCAGCGGAGGACUCUGUGGAGGGAACAGGGGCGAGUGAGGUGCCUUAUCAUCCUCCUGAAAUCACACCCCUUUACUCUGUCACAGCACGUCUUGAAACCCUCUUCCAGGACGCACAGAAGAGAAAAGGGGCGGUGCUUCAAGCGAGUGAUAUCAGAGCUAUCAUCACUGACUACGUGAAGAAGAACGAGCUUGUCGAUGACACUAAUAAAAAUUAUGUGAACAUAAACCCCACCCUUUGUGACUGUCUCCUGGAAAAAUCUGAGUACCAGGAAGUGGAGAAGCUGAAAUGGGAUGACCUGUUUAGCAGGACGCUUAGCAGGAUGCAGGCCUGCCAUCAGCUGCUGUUCCCAGGCCAGGCUCCUGUGAUAAGGAAAGGCACAGUGGAGCCCAUAGACAUCACUGUGGCCUCUAGAGGUUCCAACAAAAAGGUAACCAUCAUUAAAAAUCUAGAGGUCUUUGGUUUGGAUCCUGCUGUAGUAGCAACCACUCUGCAGCAAAGAGUCCAGGCCAGCUGUGUCCUCCACGCCGCGCCAGGAGCUAAAGACCGCCUUCUAGUGCAGGUCCAAGGAAACCAGGUCCAGCAAGUGGGCAAACUGCUGCUAGAUCAAUACCAGAUCCCACGAAAAUACAUCCAAGGGCUCGAAAAAGCAGCCAAACCUGGCAAGAAGAAAUAGUCCAGUCUUUUGGCCAGCGACUAACACUGAACACCUGUAACACACUGAGGACUACUGCCUGUCUCAGAUCCCCACUCACAUUAGACACACUCAG